UGGAAUUUGCUCUGUCAUAAGCAGUGCUUGGGCACCCCUGGUCUAUGUUCACGUAAAUACUACACAAUUUUCACUGCGAUUGUAGUGCCGUAAACAAAUUAUUCAGCACUUCCAUGCUCGAAUUUUCGGGUCUGUGGAGAAGUUGCUCCACAUUUAAUGGCCAAAGGCAGAGGUGUGGAAAACAAAUUCGCAACAGGAAGCCAGCCAACAAAUGGAAAAGUGUUUUUCCGUGGAAAGCGAGAGUAUCUCCAUAGAGAUGGGACCAAAUCCCACACAUGUCGCUGAUUGUGGCGCAUCUAAUUGUUGUGCCGCUGUUGCGUUUUGUUAUUGUAAUUAAUAUUCAGCUAAACUCAACGGGCUUCACUAAAACUAAAAAGCGAAAAGCGUCGAACAAAUUGCGGUCAUUAAACUUUUUGCCACACCAAGUGCGAUAAAUUGUCGCCCCUGCAAGCGCUGCCUGCCACAACAAAGUCACAAAUCAACGCGAUCGGAUGUACUGAAAAAUUUACGACACAAUAAGCCGUCAACCGAUUUCCCAAAGGAUUAUUUAAUAUGAAACUAAAGCUUAUUGUGUUCUGUUGCCUGUUUAUCCUGGCCAGUGGCAAGGUGCAGAAGCAAGCAGCCACCAACAGUUGGCGGGAUCUGAUCUUCGGCGGAAAGUGGCUGAGUCCUCCGCGUCUACGCGAAUCAAAGUUUUUGCCAAUUUUUGCGCUGGUUCCCAUUGGUCCGGGGAGUUGUUCAGCGCCAUCCGGGGAGCAAGGAAAUUGCAUUCCUAGCAAGGAUUGUGUGUUGAGAAAUGGAAUUCCUGCAGGUCCUUGUGGCGGUGGCUACGGCGUGUGUUGCAUCUUUCUUCAGACUUGUGGCGGUGUGUUAAGAGAAAAUUCGACCUAUUUUGUGAAUCCCAACCAUCCGGAUGUGUACGAUGGCACUGGAAGCUGUCAGGUUACUAUUCAAAAGCUGCAUCCCGAUAUCUGUCAGUUGCGUUUGGAUCUGGACAUGUUUUCCAUAGCCCCUCCGGAGGCGGCAAAUCAUUUGUGCAACCAGGAUCAGUUGCUUAUUUCGGGCGGCAGUCCCACACCCACUAUUUGUGGCAGUUCCACUGGAGAUCACAUGUACAUUGAUGCGGGCCUGGGUCAAAGUAAUCCCAUCGUAUUGUCGGUGAUCACCAGUGGCACCUUCCCGCGGCUCUGGCGCAUCCGUGUCACCCAGAUCCACUGUGGAAGCAUCAGCCGGGCGGACCAGGGAUGCCUCCAGUAUUACACAGCAAUCAGUGGAAGGGUGCGAAGCUUCAACUACAACACCAUGGGCGGCAGGCAGUUGUCUAACCAGGACUACAGCAUAUGCAUCCGAAACGAACGCAACUUCUGCGGCAUUCAGUACAAUGCCUGCCCAGACUUGGAAAACAAUCGAUCUCGGGCCUUUACUCUGAGUGGAAAUUCCAACAACCCUGUGCCCACGAUGGUGGGCGGUGGGGGAGCGACCUUGCCCACCACUAGUGGGUGUGUAAGUGAUUGGCUUUUGAUAGGCUGCAUCCGUUCGGCGGACAGGAUCCCGCCUCUGCCAGGAUGCGAAGACCGAGUCUGCGGCGGCACUUUCAGCGCAGAGGCCGGGAUGUUGGCGAGAACGGUUCAAUCAAGCGUUCGUCCAUUCCGGUUAUAUUUCCACACAGAUGGCGUCGAAGCUCCAAACGACAUCGACAAUCGGGGAUUCUGUCUGGAUUAUGUGCAGCAGCCCUGCACAAGCGGUUUUUAGGAAAGUCUCCCGAAAACUAUGCUACACUUUUUUAUGCGGCAAAAGUCGCGACAGCGAUUAAAAUCGCUCAAUGAUUGUGAUUGGCGCUGGAAAUGUCGCGCAGGCAAGACAACUCUUUUUCGUAUUUAAUAAAUAUGUUUUAUUUAUUGAUUUUCGUAAUUAAGUUAGACAUUAGACAUUAGAGUACAAGUUCAUAAAGACAAGGCACAAGUCGUGUCGUAUUUUGGUACAAAUUUAAUGUUGAGUUUCAGGAUAUUCAAACUCUUGCAUUCGAAAUUCUAAUAUUAAAAUCGUUUCCGUCUGCUAAUACGUGUGUGUAUUGGAUUACAUUUAAUUAAUAAUACUUAGCUGAAGCAAAAACAAAAA